AUGAACAAGGAGAAGAGAAAAGAAAAAUUAAAAUCAAUCAUUAAAUAUUUUUCAGACUUCACAGACGCUGCCGAGUACUGGCUCCAUGAUUUUGAGAUGAACGAUUUCGAGAAGGAGGUGCAGAAACUGUGGAACGUGAUAGAGCCUCUCUACAUGCAGCUGCAUGCUUAUGUCAGGGGUCGUCUCAAUGAAAAGUAUGGCGAUGAAAUGGUGCCAAAACAGGGGGCCAUUCCUGCUCAUCUAUUAGGAAACAUGUGGUCACAAACCUGGGGGAACAUCUAUGAAUUUACAGUUCCAUUCCAAGGUAAACAGCAAAUCGAUGUGACAGAAUCAAUGAAGCAACAGAAUUACACGCCUCUGAAAAUGUUCAAGCUUUCUGACGAGUUUUUCAAGUCCUUGAAUUUGAGUGCAAUGCCCGAGCUGUUCUGGAAUAACUCUAUCAUCGAGAAGCCACAAGGCAGAGAGCUUGUAUGCCAUGCCUCCGCUUGGGACUUCUAUGAUGGGGAAGAUUUCAGAAUCAAGGAAUGUACUGUGGUAACCAUGGAAGAUCUGUACACAGUCCACCAUGAGAUGGGUCACAUUCAGUAUUACUUGCAAUACAAAGACCAACCGAACGUUUACAAGGAAGGAGCCAACUCAGGCUUCCAUGAGGCAGUCGGCGACACUAUCGCCCUCUCUGUGAGCACCCCGAAACACAUGCGCAAGAUCGGCCUCCUGGACCCGCAGUCCGAGGAUGAUCCUCAGGCAGACAUCAACUUCCUCUUCCUCACCGCUCUCGACAAGAUCGCCUUCCUUCCCUUCGGAUACCUCAUGGACGUCUGGAGGUGGGGAGUGUUCAAGGGCACCAUUGAGCCAAAGAACUACAACUGCCAGUGGUGGAACCUGCGCUGGAGGUACCAGGGUAUCGAACCACCCGUACACCGCAGUGAGGAGGACUUUGACCCUGGUGCAAAGUACCACAUUGUCGGCGACACUCCUUACAUCAGGUACUUUGUGAGCUUCAUCAUCCAAUUCCAGUUCCACCGGGCUCUGUGUGAGAAGGCCGGACAAUUUGAUCCCCAGAACCCAACCAGUAAACCUCUCCACCAAUGCGACAUCUACCAGAGCACAGAGGCUGGAAACGCUCUAGGCGCCAUGUUGAAAAUGGGCUCAUCGAAACCUUGGCCUGACGCAAUGGAAGCCCUGACGGGUCAGAGAAAGAUGGACGCCAGUGCUCUGAUGCAAUAUUUUGCGCCGCUCUACGAGUGGCUCAAAGAGGAGAACAAACGGACGGGAGCUUCUAUCGGCUGGCGUACACAUCCUCAACAAAAACGCUGUGUGAAACAUCUGUCAGAUUUGGAAAAUUCCGACGAGCUGUCUGAAGAAAUUGUAACUGACGAAGUUCCAAAAAGUAUUUCAUAAAUCCUGAAUCAAACUUCAGAACAAAACAAUGAACUGAUUCAGUAGAAGUUUAGUGCCUUGAUCAAUAAAUAGGUAAUAAUAGAGGGAUGGCGCCUUGAUAGAAUAAAAUGAAUAUUGCAUGAAUUGAAUGAAUAUUCUUUUGAAUAUAUGAGAGGAUUGAUAUUCAGGGUGUUGAUAAUAAAUAAUUAUCUAGCCUACAUAUUGAUUAUUUUGAAAAAUAAUAAUAUUAUUAUCAUAUUCAGAAAUACAGUAAGUUAUAGAUAUGGAAUAGCUUCCACAUGGAACAUUAUUUUUUGCCAUUGGAUCAAUAUUAUAUGAGUAGGCUACUCGCUUGAUUGCUUCAUCUUAUAAUAGAAAUUUCGCAUUAUCAAGGCUUAUUUAAUUGAACCUCAUAUUAAUAAGUAGAUAAGUUUUUUAGCGCUGUACUUUGAAGAUAAAUUUCUUUAGAGAAUAUUUGUCACUCAAGUGAGUUAUUUUGAGUGAUUCAAUCAAUUUGAUUGUAGUGAAUAUUGAUAAAAAUGAUGAAAUACCGUAUUUCUAUAUGCGAGUAUUCUUGAAAAUUUCUGUGAUAAAAAGAUCUUAGAAGAUAAUACUUAUUUUUUAGAUACUUAAAUAAUUUUAGAACAUUAUUAAAAGUGCAGUAAUAGAGUAAAUAAUGAAAGUUUAUUCAGGAAAUUUGGCUGUAGACUGUCUUGUAUUGAACAUUUUUGGAAUUAUAUUACUAGAAAAAUUACUUUGACUACAAAAAUAUCUGAGAAUAAAUGAUAAUUUUAAUGAUCAAAUUCUAUUGUAAUGGGUUUAAUUUCAUUUAAGAUUAAGCUGUUUAUAUAGCCUAUGUUUAUUUUUUCAAAUCAUUCAUGUUGAUAUUAUUAGUGAGAGUUAAGUCAUUAAACAUUAUUUGUACUCGUCAAAUCCAGGAAAUAAAAUUAUUAAAGUAAG